UCUUUGAUAGUUUGUCUAUCUUAUUAAACUUUAAUUAUCUAGUUUGAGGUACUGAAAUAUUGAAGUCCCAACAGAUUGUUCAUUCGAGGGGCGACCGAAAACAGCUCUGAACAAUAAGACAAGUUUUUCCCACUCGGCACUAGCCUUUGAGCAGAGGAUAGUUUAGACCUUCAAGUAUCAAAGGGAGCUGUCAUUAAGAGGCAAUGAGAAGAACGACACGACAUCUAAAGAACGACACGACAUCUAAAGAACUAGGGUGUUUUCUCCGGCUCUCAGAUCAAGAAUUUCGGCCGUUACCUCAAGGAAUUCAGUCAAAGAUCAUACACUUCGAGGCUGAUGCCCGCGGCAAAAAAUAAAAGAAUGAGGAACGGAGGAACAUCCUUAAGCUGUCACCCAGGAGUGUCGCUGUCCAAUGGCAAGCCAAGCGAAGAACAUAUUGAAGUUCCUAAGGUUGUGAUAGAGAACACAGAAGAGYCGACUGGGUUUGCGAGCUCUGUCUUCAAGGUUCUUUCCAUGCAACGCUUCUAUACCAAGUCCGUACGCAAGUCACGUGAAACAUGGCUGCAGAAGUAUGCAUAUCAUAGGGCUAACGAAGAACGUGAAUGGCGCAGACCCCUGAUGCGUAAGUCUCCAUCACCAACACCUCAGCCUGAGAGCCCUGCUUCCGACCAACCAGGAACCUCCAAUAUCAACGAUGAGCAUGACUCAAUCGAUGAAACCGCUGACUUCCAAAGAUCGUGUUGCAUGUCYCUCGUGCUUGAGCCAUCCGGAGAUUUUUAUUUCUGCUGGCUGUUGAUCGUUUCUCUUGGAGUAUUGUACAAUUAUUGGGCGAUAAUUCUGUUCAUCGCUUAUCCUUCGAUUUACACCGAUAACAUCAAGACUUGCUUUGGAAUCGACUACUCCUUCGAUUCUAUUUUUCUGCUUGACAUUCUCAUUCAGUUCCGCACGGGAAUCCUUGAGGAUGGUAUCAUGGAACGUAGGGGUAAGACACUCGUGGCUCACUACGUGAAAUCCUGGGGUUUUGUCCUGGACAUUCUCUCAGUGAUACCCUUUGACCUGUUGUACCUGGUAGUCGGUCUAUACCCGAUUCUCCGAGUCAACAGAUUUUUGAAAGUUCACAGAUACUUCCUGUUCUGCGAUCGCGGAGAGAUCUUCAGCGGCCGUCCAAAGCUGUUCAACCUUUUCAAGCUUAUUCACUACUUGUUCCUGAUCAUUCACUGGGUUGCCUGUUUGUAUUUUAUUCUCUCGAGAUUCGAAGGGUUUGGUCAAGACGAUUGGAUUCAUCCUAAACUGGAGGGACCUCUUGCAGCGGUGAGCAUGCAAUACUUGUACAGUCUGUACCGCUCAAGCGUUAGCAUGACUACAGUAGGCACGGUAACCUCGCCUAAUACUCUAUUGACCAUGAUAUUUGUCAUAGUGACGUAUCUGUGUGGUGUAUUGAUUUUCGCUACCAUUGUUGGCAACGCUGGCGACAUGAUCGUUGAUAUGAGAAAAGCCAGGGAACUGUAUCUGAGAAAGUUAAAUGGAAUGAAGGCGUAUAUCGAGGCGCAUCAGUUAUCAGCACAGCUGAAGAAACGGGUCAUCCAGUGGUUCGAUUAUCUCUGGACUCAAAAACGAGACAUGGAUGAAGAACAACUCUUCGCCAAACUCAACGACAAUUUCAAAGCCGAAAUUGCGAUACACGUUAACUUGGAAACGCUGAUUAAAGUCGAAAUGUUCCAAGACUGUGAUCCAGGAUUUCUGCACGACCUUGUGCUAAAACUAAAGCCGUCGAUCAGUUCUCCAGGGGAUUUUAUCUGUAGACAAGGGGAGAGAGGACGGGAGAUGUAUAUAGUUAAUAAAGGACAAGUAGAGGUCCUAGAUGAAAUGGAGACGAUCCUGGCAACUCUGAAAGCUGGGAGUCACUUCGGUGAGAUUAGCCUGCUGAACAUGAAGGGCAUCGGAGAUCGACGCACCGCCUCGGUUCGCUCUGUCGGGUUUACUGAUCUGUUUCGGCUGUCCAAAGAUGAUCUCGAUGAAGUUCUGCUAUUUUACCCUCAUGAAAAAUCCCACAUGGAAAGGAUCGCAACGAAGACUUAUGAGAAACAGCAAAGAGAAAGACGACGCSAAGCGUCAAAGAAGAACGAACAUGAAGGUAGUUCAUUGAACGACCCUCGGAAAUGGUUUUCAGCAGACACGGAAACCCUACGAAGACGACUAUCUUGGGUAGAAUCGGUCAACAACCUGAGACGCUUUGCCAGYAGAGUCAGGAAAAACCAACCGCCAAAGGACCAAAGUGCGAAGCAAAUUCUCCAGGAAUUUUCUCACAAGGCACAACAGCAGCGAAGUAACGAGGAAUCGCGUCGAUUAAUUGAAGAUUUUGUGGCGGAAAUCCGCGCGCGUGAGGACGAAAAAGCAGAGAMGAACGGCUCUGAUUACUCACGGAUUGCCAAUUCUAGUUCUUCAGACUGCCUGACGUCUGAGCAGCUUUGCGAAAGGCUCCGUAAGUUCAGAAAUAUGACCAAACGUUCAUCCUUCACCCUACUGGACAAGGGCGACACAGCAGCGGCGUUGGAGUUGGUUGCGCCAACAUAUGACAGGCCUCUUCGUCCGCGCUCUUUUACGACCGGACCUCUUCUCAAAGAUGAACAAACUGUUCUGAAUUUUCAAACAUUGAAUAAAUCGUCAUCCAAGUCGCUGGUGAAACUUGGAUCAUUCCAUGGUCAAGGAGAGUCGAAGCCAAUUUUGGGACAAACGCUGACUAGUGACCCAGGAAGAGAAAAAGUUUUUCAUAUGUUCGCAAGGAAAAGUUUAAAACCGAAGAGCAUCAAAUCACAGCAUGUCAAUAGCUUUGUCGUUUCCAAGGAAGAUUCUCYGGAAUCUCUGAGGUUCAAAGAUAUCGUGCGCUCUACCAUGGAACGCAAAAGAAAAUGGUUUGAAGGUAACGAUCAAGUUAMUAGUGACAUAACCAAGAAAAUUCCAGGGGAUGAAGACCGCGCGCAGAAGAAAAAUUCCAAAGGAAAACACAGUUCAAAGCAAUUGUCUGUCACUAUAGAGAAAGGUGCURAGACCGUCGGGUUGAAAAACCUGAUGACACUGCCAGCCAUCAGAAUUGAGAACGAAACUGUUGAGGAUUCAAAGAAUGGUAGUUGUGUAAUGGGAGAGUCCGUGAAACAAAGUGAUAAGCGUACUGAUAAUGAAACUGGGUGUGGCGCAAGUGAAAUGAAAGGGGAGUCUGUCAACACCGGCAACAGCAGCAGCAACAACAAUGAUUGCAAAAGAUCAGAACAUACAUGUGCAUUGAGUAAUAGCAGCCACGACAGCAGCACUGGCCAACAUGAUAACAAAAACCAGAGCAAAAGUAAACCACAAAAUACAAAAGGUCUUCCCAGCAUUGAUAAGAACGACAACGAGAACRAYMGCACUAGAAACGACAGCAACAACAACAGCAACAAAAACAGGAGUAACAGUAAUAGCAACAUUAACAAGCCAAAAGGUACGCCAUUUUCGUCUGAAGAAUUAUCACAAAUCAAAGAGAAGGACAAACAAAAGCCGCAGCUCAAAGACGACAAAAAAUUGCCACAAAGUGUUUCAAAACCGCAGGAAACACAGAGCAGCGGAGAAAAAGACCCCCAACAAAAAAGCACAAAGCAAACGACGGUCACUUUGCUUCACCCAGCUGCACAGUGCGCAUGCUCUGCAUUAGAUACCAGCAGGAAAACAMCGCGGGCUCCUGAACACACCGACAAGAAGAAAACAGAGGUUAUAGAUGCCAAGAAAGAGUCCAGUCACGAAAUAUCGAACGCGAAAGAUCCAAAGAAAAUUACCAAGGAAAAACCAAAAAACAUGGAAGAAACUUGCUGUUGAAUGCGAUGUCCAUAACUUUUUGUUCCAAAGAGAAGGUUGACUCAAAGUAUCAAAAACAUAAUGACGAAUAAAAAACUGACUUUGUUUUGCGAGAUUGACACAAAAUWAAGGAACUGUAGCUGACAAAACUGUGACGGGACCUUGUACCAUGAAGGAACUGAAGUUUAGAAGUUGAUUUAAGUUGUCAAAAAAAUAUCUURUCUUUAUUGAAAAUGAAAUUAAAAAAUUGUGUAUUGGAAGCGACCUGUUCGCAUAGUUCUAACGAAAAUCCAAGGAAUCUUGGYGCGUCUAAUGCGGAAAUACAGGCAUAUUACGCAAAAAUGUUUAAUGCUGCAAAAGAGUAAAAUAAGCUUCUAAUCCAGUCCGUGCAGCAAAGUAACGUAUCGUUAACCAUUGCUAUUAAGCAACAUUUUCUCUGCAGGUUGAAAAUGUUGCGCAUCAAGCCGCGUGAGUUCAUUUUCUUGCUCGCAUUACCGUAAAUUCGAAAAGUCUACAGGAAGACSUCGAGAUGAAAAGGUUUGUGGGAUAAUAAAGUUUACUAUAGCGUCAUAUUCAACACCCUAUGGCGCUUUACAAUUAGAAUAAAUGGAAUAGUUUAAACUAUAUUAUACAGCUAACUAAUAUAUUUAUCUAUGUAUGAAAUAAAACUAGAAAAA